ACGCUGGCGGCGGGAUCCCGGUACCUGCGGGCAAGAUGGCGGCGCCGCUGAACCAGCAGCAACAGCAACAGCAACAACAGCAACAACAACAACUGGCGGCCGCUCAGGCCCAGCAACAGCAGCAACAGCAACAGCAGCUAGUCCAGGCCCAGCAGCUGGCUGCAGCCCAGGCUCAGGCCGGUCAGCCGGCGCUCACACAACAGCAGCAACAACAACAGCAACAGGCCCAGCAACAGGACGACCCAGUGGCUAAAUUUAAGCUCCUGAUUCCACAGCUGAAGGACUCUCUGCAGAAUCUCAUGAGGAUUGCAGCUCUGAACUUGUCCCAAAACACAACCAUUGACAAUGGACAGAAGAGCAAUGACACAGCCCUGCAAAGGUUUGAUAAGAGUUUAGAAGAGUUUUAUGCUCUUUGUGACCAGGUAGAGCUGUGCCUGAGACUGGCAUUCGAGUGCCUUUCCCAGAGCAUCGACAGUUCCAAACAUUCGCCUAACUUGGUUCCCACAGCGACCAAGCCGGACACUGUGCAGACAGAGAGCCAGUCGUACACUCAGUACCUCAGCAUGAUCAAGUCGCAAAUCUCCUGUGCCAAGGACAUUCACAAUGCCCUGCUGGAGUGCUCUAAGCGGAUAGCCAGCAAGGGCCAAAUCUGAACAGCUCUGGGGUGCCUGCAUUCCCAUUUGGCAUUUAUCCUUGAAUGUGCGAUUCCAGGAUCAGGACUCAAACUGCCUCAAGGUCUCGUGUCUCCUGGUGCUUUCAGACAAGGUCGUUAUGGGGGCGGGGAGGGAGGGCGGGCGUAACCUCUGACAGGUUCAGGGUGCAUUCUGUCUCAGUUCCUCAAUCCUGUUUGUUUUGUGUGACCGAGAGACUCUAUUCCUGUUUGUUGAAGUGUGGUUGGGGUGGGAGAGGGGUGGGUAAGGUGUACGUGAGGAGCUAGGAGAUUGCUUGCAGUAAGCAGCAGUUCCGUCACCUGCAUUCCAUCUAAUCUAUGAAUGUGCACAUUUGUCCUCUUAACUACUUUCAGCAGCACGUUCUGAAACAGAAAAAUACAACUCCUGAAGAAUUAUCACAAAGACUUGCACUUGGCUGGGCUGAGGGAGCAGGGCACCUGAGAGAGGAUGGCAGCUGACACUGAAAUUCAGUUCAACUGAAAUUUAAUCCUUCCCUGAAAGAAGGGCUGGCAGCUCAGACUAUUCAGUCCUUCUACUCUGUUCCAUCAUUCAAUUUGAAACUAAUUGGUACCUUAACUCCUUUGAUCUAUAACCAUCCUUAACCCUCCUUUAUCUUGACAAAAAUCUUCGGAACUCAACCUUGAGUGUUUGAGUUGAUUCCCAACAUCCACAAUUCUUCAGGGAAUUGAGUUCCUGAUUUCCACAUGUCCUAAAAAGUUUGCUAACUUUGCCCCAGAGGGGCAUCCCUCUAAUUUUUAAGCUUUAAGCCCCUUUGUUGUGAUGUCCCCUCACCGGAGGAAUUAAUUGAUCCUACAAAAUGAUUUUAUAAUUUCGAAUCCCUUGCUUAAACUACCCGCUCUGUUUUUUAAAACUGAAGUGAAUGUGGGUGUAGUUUAUGCAGUAUAUCCUCAUGGUUUAUCCCUUUCAGGUCCAGCAUCAUUCUGGUGCUGCUGACUCUUGCUGGAUCGCACUAUCGGGAUGCCUUGCCUGGAGUGGGGGGCGCUGAUCCAUGUGGCUCAGCUGGUCACUGGACCAGCACACACACCCAUUCGCAGUCACCUCAUAUUUCCCUACCUCCCCUUAGUAUAGCCAUUGACAUGUGACGAUCUUCCCCAGCUGUGAAAUUAUUGCAGCAUAGGUGAGGAAUUCAGCAGCUGGUGCUAUGGCCACUUUGGAGUUAACCCCUAAUCUGUUAUUGAGGUGCACUCAGACCUGGCUGAUUCCCUCCCAGGACCCGCAAGAGGGAUCAACUCCCCUCUGGAAUAAAAGCCAGUUGAAGUUUGUCACAGUGCAGUUAGCAAGGAUAGAUACCGGGCUUAUUUCUUGAGCUCUUUAAAUAAAAUGUACAAUUAAUGUGAGCAUUUCUAUAGAGUGGCAUGUUUACAUCUCACACCUUGAUGGUAUUUGUGCAGUUUACUCAUGACAAACAUUUCAUACAAUAAAGGAUCAUUUGAAAGAUGUAUAUAGCUAAUGA